ACGCAAUAAUUUGUAUGCUGCUACUAGAAGGAAAGAUCCAAAUCCAAGCGUGUUGGCCGGCUCCGGGCGGCUGCUUCCUUCCCCCUGCCCUACCCGCCGGCUGACCGAGUAGUCCUCCAUUGGAUUCGUCAAGCUUUAUAACCCGAGCCGGUUUUGUUCCCUAGCCUCAUUCAUCCACCCAUCUCGCCGAGAGCUACAAUGGCCGCCACCAUCAGAAGAAGCGUCUCCCCCCUCCUCGCUCUGCUCGCCGCCGCGGCCACGGUGCUCGCCGUGUUGAUGUCUGCGCCCGUGUCCGCCCGGAGCUUGCCGGAGGGCCUCCCGGACAUCAAGCCGCUGCUGUCCAACCCGUGGUCGGCGUUCCAGAACCUCUCCGGCUGCCAGUUCGGGGACCAGCGGCAGGGCCUCGCGAGGCUCAAGGACUACCUCAGCCGCUUCGGCUACCUCCCCGCGCCGCCGGCCAAGUUCAACGACGUGUUCGACGCCGACAUGGAGUCGGCCAUCCGGACCUACCAGCACAACUUCGGGCUGGAGGCCACGGGCCAGCUGGACGCGGCCACCGUCGCCAAGAUGAUGUCCCCGCGCUGCGGCGUCGCCGACAUCAUCAACGGCACCUCCGCCAUGGGCAAGACGGUCCACGGCCGGAACCUCUACUCCUACUUCCCGGGGUCGCCCUCGUGGCCGCGCUCCAAGAAGAGCCUCAGGUACGCCAUCACGGCGGCCACCGAGACGACCAUCGAUCGGGCCACGCUGAGCAAGGUCUUCGCGAGCGCCUUCGCGCGCUGGUCGGCGGCCACCACGCUCAACUUCACGGAGACGGCGUCGGCGUCCGACGCCGACAUCACCAUCGGGUUCCACUCGGGCGACCACGGCGACGGCGAGGCGUUCGACGGGCCGCUGGGCACGCUGGCGCACGCCUUCUCGCCCACCGACGGGCGGUUCCACCUGGACGCGUCGGAGGCGUGGGUGGCCGGCGGCGACGUGUCGCGCGCGGCGCUGGACGCCGCCGUCGACCUGGAGUCGGUGGCGGUGCACGAGAUCGGCCACCUGCUGGGGCUCGGCCACUCGUCGGUGGAGGGCGCCAUCAUGUACCCGACCAUCACGUCGCGCACGCAGAAGGUGGAGCUGGCCAAGGACGACGUCGACGGCAUCCAGAGCCUCUACGGCGGCAACCCUAACUUCAAGGGCGUCACGCCGCCGGCCACCAGCAGCGAGGAGACCCACAGCGCCGCCCCCAGCGCGCUCUCCAGGCCGUGGAGCGGCCUGGCCGGCGUGGCCGUGGCGGCUGCGCUCGCACUAGCUCUGUCGUGCUAGUUCUUCUUGGGUCGAUCGAUUCACGACCAUUUUUUGGUUUUUACCUUUUUUAACGGGCAUUCACUUUGCUCUAGGAUUUGUGUUGUUGUAUAAACAUUAGUAGUCAUUGGGUGUGCAAGAUAGUGUAGAUACGUGAUUGUUAGUGCAUGUAUAGAGCGGAUCAUAUAGGAUAUCUGUUAAAAAAUACACGAAAAUGGUGCGCCCAUGUGGCCAUGUGGUAUCA